UAUCUGAUGCGUUCAUUGGCUCUGCGCCUGUAAUAAUGACCAAUGCGGUUCGUUUUUGCUGUCAGUUGCGAAAGCCCGAGGUUUCCACGACAACAACUCACAAACAAGCGAACCUGCAGUAGUUUCCUGCUUUCUUUCGUUAGCGAGUACAUUUAUAUCGCACAAGCCGAACAAACCCUUGCAGCAACGUAAAGGAUGUCAGCCACGCGGCAGCGACGCAACAUCUCUCACAGCCACCAUCAGAGGAUGAUCCUGGAGAGCCGCAGACAGGAUGAAAUUCGUGAGGAUCAGAGCAAACGUGUGGCCAAAGAGCGGCUGCUGCAGGCAAACCUCCAGAGUGAAGAGAGAGUCGAGCAAAAGCGCUUUCUCCGCAGACUGCAAGAUGAAGAAUAUGGGAAGCACAUCGAGGAGACACUUCUCGUGGCAGAGAGGGAGAGAGAGUUCAAACAGAAGCAGCUUGAACAGGAGGAGAGGAUCGCCCAGGAACUGGCCAGAAUUAAUUAUGAGAAACUCAGAGAUGAAAAGAUGAGGCAACACAUUAAGGAGAACAGUGCUGAGCUUCGAGAGCUAGAGUUAAAGCUCAAGUCGGCCUACAUGAACAGAGAGCGGGCAGCACAGAUAGCUGAAAAGGAGGCCAUGCAAUAUGAAACAUUGAGACAAGAAGCUGCUAUUGGACGUAAAAUAAAGGAUGAGCUUGAGCGGGCAGAGGUGGAGAAUGAAAAACAGGAACAGAAGAGGCAUGAGGAGGUGAUCCGAUACCAGCAAGAUCUUGAGCAGCAGCUUGAAGAGAAGGAGCGCAAGAGGCAGGAGGCGUAUGAGGAGUUUAUCAAGGAGAAACUCGUGGUAGAUGAAAUAGUGAGGAAGAUCUACGAGGAGGAUCAGAUGGAGCGCCAGUUACGACUUGAGAAGGUUACAGCCACUCAGAGGUACAUUGACGAAUUUAAAAAGCAGCAAGCGGAGUGGAGACGUAUGGAGCGAGAAAAGAUGGAGGCAGAGAACAGGCGCAUCCUUGAAUAUGCUCGCUACCAGCAGAUUAAGGAGGAGGACAGAAUGGCCAAAGUUAGAGAACGGGAGCAGGCGAAAGAAACCCUGCACAAAAUGCUCUCAGAGCAGAUUGAUAUGGAAAGAAGACAGCGUGAGGAGAUGGAGCGUGUCCGUGAGGAACUCUAUUUGGAAGAGCAGGCUGAGGCGGCAAGACAACAAGAAAUCGAAGAGAUGGAGAAGAGGAUCCGGCAACGCCUAGAACUGCAGCAGACGUGUCAGGAGAUGAUGGCCUUCAAGCAGUUGCGUAUACAGGCUGAAAAAGAGGAAGAAGAGGCAUUUAGACAGAUGAUGAUGGCCAAGUUUGCAGAGGAUGACCGCAUUGAGCAGAUGAAUGCUCAAAAGCGUCGCAUGAAACAACUAGAACACAAAAGGGCUGUGGAGAAGCUGCUGGAAGACAGGAGACAGCAAUACUUGGCUGAACAGGAGAGAGAGGCACAGGAGAGAGCAAUGGAGGAGGAGAGAGAAUCUCAGCGUAGACAGAUCAUUGAAGAAGAGAGACAGAAGCUCCUCAAAGAGCAUGCUACGAAACUGCUGGGAUACCUACCAAAGGGUAUUUUCAGAGAAGAUGAUAUGAAGCACUUUGAUGAGGAUUUUAGAAACAAUUUCAAACGACAACAGGCCGAUGUUUUCUCUGAUGAGGGUUGGGGGGAUGAUUAGCCAUCCCUAAAUUAAUGUGAUGAACACUGUGGUAAAUUUUCUUUGUUUAGUGCUCAGUGCUCGUUUAAAAGUUUCCAGCAGGUAUUAGAUAUAUAGACUAUUUCACAAACUAUUGGAAACCUUUUAUCAGAAAUUAAAAAUUAUCUUGAAUACAUUUUACAAUAUCUUCAAACUGUAUAGUGUGUUAAAUGUAAUGUUUCAGCUAGUGAUUCAUUUAUGACAAAAGAUUGGCAUUAAAAUAUACUACCUAUUA